AUGGCAGCCAUACCCUGCAAAGAGUGUCGUGAUGGAUGGCUGCAGGUCGAGGAUCAGUGCUUCCUCCUGAGCAAAGACAGGCAAAAUUUCUCCACCAGCGCUCAGAAAUGUGUAGAUAUGGGAGCCCAUCUUGCCAUCUUGACCACCAGAGAACAGCAUGUAAGUAAAUCAGUUCAACGGUUCUGGAACGUGCACAAAUCAGAACCAGUCAACCACCAAUCCCAAGGGCCUGAAGGAGAGGACUGUGCGGUGGUGGACAGCUACACUCAGAGCUGGUACGACGUUCCCUGUGAAUUUGAAUACCCUCGGGUCUGUCAGAAAGGCGCCAGCCCGCUGCUAUGAGAACAAAGAACACCUCUGCAGAACCACCACUCAGCUG